UUAGUUCUCAGAAUAACUUUAAAAAUUUCAGUAGUUUGCAUUUACAAUCCACUUGUUACAGCCGUUAGUCUUAAAAUUUAAUCAACUAUAAGUAAUUAGUUAUAAAAAAGUAAAAAAAAUUACUGGAAUAAAGAAAAAUAAAUAAUUUACUCAAAAGUUAUCGAGUAUGCGCAAUUACAUCAUACGCUGACGCAUUUUUAAAACUAAAUUUACUCCAGUUUCUCGCAUUUGGGCGGCUUUAUAAGCCCGUAACUUACGUAAAACUAUAAAAUAUUUAUCAUUACACUGCAGUAUAUUAAUAAAUACAAAUGAGCUGGUCAGCAAGACAUGUAUCACUUCCUAUGAUGAUUGGUCUGUCGUUAACAGGUGUCUUGGUUGGAUUAUAUUAUUAUUUGUGUAAAAAAUUAUUAAUUUUCCAGGAUGAUGACUCUAAAGAGCCAAUUACUGUACGAGAAAAAAAAAACUUAACUAUUGAAGUGAAAGUACCCAGAGCUUUGGUACCAGCGGUAAUAGGUCGAGGCGGAUCGACAAUUAAAGACAUCGAGCAGCGGACUUCAACGAGAAUAAGAUUUGCCGAAGACAAUGUUGAUAAUCCAGAGAGAAUCUGCUUUAUAAAGGGAACAUUCGAGUGUAUAAAACUAGCAGAAGCUCUGAUUGUUGACAUCGUCGCAAAUCAACCGGUCAUUGAAACUUACGAAAUGUUUGUACCCCAGAGAAUACGUUCGAUUCUUCUGGCAGACAGGGGAGAAGUUAUCAACUCGAUACAGUCGACGUCCAACGCCAAGUUGAUUUUAGAAAAGGGUAAUAUCUGUGAUGAAAAGAAACGCGUUAUUAUUAAAGGAACUGCCGAGCAAAUCGGGUGCGCUGUCUAUCAUCUUGAGGAGCUGGUCAAGGAAUCCAAGGACACGCAAGAAAAACUUGAAGUUAGUCAGAGCUCACGAUCUCCACGAGGCAGAGUCUCUCCUAGACCUGCAGCCCACGCUGAUAACUCUGUUCAAACUAUUGAGUCGCCUUCUUCACAAGAAGGAGUAAUGGAAGUUUAUGUGAGCGCUUGCGAAAGCCCAAGUCAGUUUUGGAUCCAGGUCAUUGGCCCCAGUAUUCUUGCACUAGAUAAACUCAUUGUUGAAAUGACUGACUAUUAUUCUAAGAAAGAGAACCAGGAGCUGCAUGCUCUGAAAAGUAUUUCUGCUGGUCAAACUGUGGCCGCUAAAUUUAGCUUCGAUGACCGGUACUACCGGGCAGAAGUUUUGUCCUCCACAGACGAUGGGUACAACGUUCAUUUUCUGGAUUACGGCGACCAUGAAAUAAUAGAAGCUAAAGAUAUCUAUGAACUAAGGACGGAUUUUUUGAGCUUACGUUUGCAAGCUGUCGAGUGUUGUCUUGCAAAUGUAAAACCUGCAAGUGGAGACGACUGGAGUGACGAAGCAUGUGAUAGAUUUGGUGAUUUAUCAUGGGUGGCGCAAUGGAAAGUUAUUAUCGCGAAAGUUCGUGGUUACAAAGAGCGAAUCAUCAGUCAAGGGACUAGUAGGAGAGAAGGAUCACCCAUACCCUGCGUUGAUCUUUACGACAAAAAUGAUAACCAGGAUAUUGAUAUCGGCAAGCAAUUGGUGAUGGAAAAUUUAGCAGCCGUCGACGACGGCGCUUGGUCGACUGCCAGUUCCACAGCCUCGUUGUUAAAACGCAGCCAGGAUUCUCAGAGUCCAUUAAAUCGCACACCUCCAGCGACACCAACUCCCAGUAAUAAUUCACAGGCUUCUUCUCAAGUAAAUCUAACACCGCAAAUUGAAAUCCUUGAGGAAAUAAUUGAUUUGACUACACCACGUAAGCCGGCUGUACAAGAAAUAGAUUUAGUAACACCGCAGAAUAAUCAUAAGAAAAAAUAUAAUCGCUAUGGCAACAAGAACAAGUGGUCUGAUGUCGGUGGCAGUAAACAGGAAAACGGCAGUGGCGAUUACAGAAGAGAUAAUAAACUUCCGGCUGAUAGCAAACCAGGUCCUCGAUGUAUUCCAGGUGGCGAAGAAAGUUAUGACGAGUACUCGGACGAAUUCGAAGUGUUUGAUUAAAACUUGUUGCGAAUCUCUUGAUAUUUAUUUUUCUUUAGUUAAACUUUUAUUAUUUUUUUUUUCGCUGGUCGAAAGUUAUUU